AGUGCGCGGAGGGCGGGCCGAGAGCCCGGCGCUGGCGGAAGGCGGAGGCACGAUGUCCUGUAGCAUGGCAGGUGAAGAGGACUUCCUUUUGGAAGAAAAGAGAUUCAAGCAGUACUGUGAAGAAUUUAUCAAACAUUCACAGCAGAUAGGAGAUGGUUGGGAGUGGAGAACUAGCAAGGAUCUUGGUGAUGGUUAUCUUAGUAAAACACACUUCCAAGUAAGAAAUAGAAGCAUCCCACCAGAUCUCAAGGAGAAAUGCAGUGAUAACAUUGAACAAGCAUUAUCUACACAUGCUGAAGAGUCUUUGGAUGAUUCUCAAGUAGCUGGAGUUUGUGCAACAGAAGAAGUGAUUCGCUAUGAAUAUCAUGUCUUGUACUCCAGCAGCUACCAAGUACCUGUGCUCUAUUUUAGGGCAUGCUUUCUAGAUGGAAGACCUUUAACUCUGGAUGAAAUAUGGAGAAGUGUUCAUGCAUGUUACCAGGAUCGUCUGCAGGAGGGGCCCUGGGACACUGUUACACAGCAGGAGCACCCCUUACUUGGGCAGCCAUUCUUUGUUCUACACCCGUGCCGAACUAAUGAAUUCAUCUCUUCCAUACUAAUCAGUUCACGGAAAUACAACAGACACAUAAAUUACAUCAUACUGUGGCUCAGUACUGUAGGGCCAGUUGUGGGUCUAAACCUGCCCCUGAGUUAUGCAACACUAACACCUGAGCAGAAUACAAAUGCUGAUUCGGUUGAAAGACCUCUGAGGUGAUGACAGUGGUGGUUAGCUAUAGCAAAGCUACUGCAGACUGUCCUAGGGUUGAAAUCAAACAAAGGAGUCCUUCCCGACUGGUAAGCAGUGCAGUGUGGAUGGAUGACUGUCAUGGCUCUUUUUCUGGUGAGAACUUGCCUGGUUACAGUGGAAGACCUAAGAGCUGCUUGCAGUUGUAACAACUUUCAAUCGCCACCAAGACCUGAAACCCCUUGCAAUUGCUUUCACCCCUCGCAGUCAUUUUAUUAUCAUUAAUGAAGACAUUUCAUUAUCUCCUUC